GCAAGGUCUUCAUCUGAACGAGUAGGAAGAUAAAAGAGGCAACAAGAACAAGUUUACAGUAAGAAGUAUAACUCAGUCUCUGCUCAGAACACCCGAUCUUGAGAGUGUCUCUAUGAACAACACAAUGCUUCUUGCUCCGGCUCGUUCUCCACCAGCAGGAGUCGCGCUGACCCUUGUGCAAUCGUGCGCAUCUGCUUCAAGUAGCUCUUCGAGUUCGUCCUGUUUUUCUACCUCGACAUUGCACCAGUCAGCGACUCAAGAACAGAAGAUGUUCUCCUCCUCCUCCUGUACUGCUUCCUCGCCUGCUUUUUCAGGUGGAGGCCUCUUUCGCAUUUCCCCAUGCCGUCUGAAAGCAGCAGGAACAGGAAUGGGAGGUGAGACUGGUGGUCUCGUAGCUCAGGCCCAAUGUAACGGUAGAUGGACAAGGAAUUACAUAUCAAAGCACGAUCGCCAUGCAAUUCACAAAGGCUUUUUCCAUAACACCCCAAAUGCUAAAUGGAACACACUGGCAUGGUAUCAACAUGAGCAUAGACUGUUGAGGAAGACGAUCGUAAAUCAGACGGCGAAGGUGAAACGGUGUAGGAUGUGGUACGAAUUAUUGAAGGGAAGGGUUCCGGGGGAAGUUACGGUGACAUUCUGGCUUUAUUGUGUAGCAUAUGUUAGUAUCCUCAUCCUCUUUUCAUCAUUUUCUGCUCGACUAUACCGAAGAUAGUUGUAACUGUACCAACAAGCGCACAAACUUGAAGGCAGGAUUACCUUUUCUUUCCACCUCUAACACACUGCAAUCUUCCACGUCAGUGCCCCGUCCACGUCUGGGAACCCGUGGCCGAGCUUGCUGGUCUGCGCCUGAGCACGAACUCGCGAGGGGUGCACCCGUUAACACGGCCUCACUGAUAAACAUCCUUUCCACCAGUGGACCCUUUACGAUGUUUGUGCCAACGAAUGCGGCUUUAGCGAAAAUUAGUGGUGCCAGCUGGGAUCGCAUGCACGCUGAACCGAAGUUGCUACUAAGAUUUCUAAAAAGACAUGUUGUACAGGGAAAAUUCGAGCUUGCGGAGAUGGUGAAUUCUAUGAAUGCUGUGACGACGAAAGCCGAACUCUCUAUGGGUGGUCCUGAUGGGGAAGAUGAGAAUGAGGGAGAGCAACAGGAAGUUGAAGACAUCAAUGAUGGAGAUAGCAGAUUGCCAGGAGCAUUUGGUGGCGGCUCAGGAGGCGGCGUAUUGAACAAUUCCCAUCCAUCAACAACAACAACAGCUUCAAAUAAAACCAACUACGGACAAGAACGACCCCAACAAGAUGAGCUCUUCUGCUUUUCCUCAGAACCUGUUUCCUAUCUGCAUCCUGAGAGCGCCCUUAUGGACAGCUACUUAGAGCAUUCCUACGCAAAACACUAUGAACGUGCAAAUGCAGGAUAUAUUUUACCCGACUACGAAGGUGCAAUACCAUCGGCCAGCGCUGGAAGACAACAGGCCUCUGCUCAAGAGACAGCAUUACUGGCGCAGAACGAAGAUGGAACAAGUUCUAGUUCGUUGGUCGAAUCCGAAGAAGACGACGUGAAUCCUUUCGCUUUAGUUGCUGAGGAAUCUGCCUCCGACGUGCAAUUCGCUUUGCAACAAGGCAGAUUCCGGAGACAUCUUCCCUACGGUAUUAACGAGAGCACUUUCGCAGGUGCGGAGCUUCGGACUUUGGAAAAACCAGAGGAACGACUACCUAUAUUCGUCAAAAACAGUGCUGAAGAUCAGUUUUUCUUCGGCUUGCCAAGACGAGUGGCAGUAGGCCAUAGCAAGUGUCAUAUCUUGAGGUCCACAAGAUG